GGGCUGGGAGUCGAGGAGCUGAGAGCGGAGCUUGAAACUCACUGGAAACUUCAGUGGCGCCGCGACUUGCCAGUUUCACUCCAGGAACUUUUCUUUGCAGGAGGAGAAGAGAAGGGGUGCAAGCGCCCCGCUUUUGCUCUCUUUCUUCCCCUCCUCCUCCUCCUCUCCAAUUCGCCUUACCCCACUUGGAGCGGGCAGCUGCGGGCUGGCCACCGCGCGCCUUCCCAAGCGCUCGCUGCCGCAGCCGGGUGACGCGCCAGCCUCCCCGGGAGCCGCUCGCUCCGCGUCCGGGCAGCCGAGGGGAGAGGAGCCCGCGCCUCGAGUCCCCGAGCCGCCGCGGCUUCUCGCCUUUCCCGGCCACCCGCCCCCUGCCCCGGGCCCGCGUAUGAAUCUCCUGGACCCCUUCAUGAAGAUGACCGACGAGCAGGAGAAGGGCCUGUCCGGCGCCCCCAGCCCCACCAUGUCCGAGGACUCGGCGGGCUCGCCCUGCCCUUCGGGCUCCGGCUCGGACACCGAGAACACGCGGCCCCAGGAGAACACGUUCCCUAAGGGCGAGCCGGACCUGAAGAAGGAGAGCGAGGAGGACAAGUUCCCCGUGUGCAUCCGCGAGGCGGUCAGCCAGGUGCUCAAGGGCUACGACUGGACGCUGGUGCCCAUGCCGGUGCGCGUCAACGGCUCCAGCAAGAACAAGCCGCACGUCAAGCGGCCCAUGAACGCCUUCAUGGUGUGGGCGCAGGCGGCGCGCAGGAAGCUCGCCGACCAGUACCCGCACCUGCACAACGCCGAGCUCAGCAAGACGCUGGGCAAGCUCUGGAGACUGCUGAACGAGAGCGAGAAGCGGCCCUUCGUGGAGGAGGCGGAGCGGCUGCGUGUGCAGCACAAGAAGGACCACCCGGAUUACAAGUACCAGCCGCGGCGGAGGAAGUCGGUGAAGAACGGCCAGGCGGAGGCCGAGGAGGCCACGGAGCAGACGCACAUCUCCCCCAACGCCAUCUUCAAGGCGCUACAGGCGGACUCGCCCCACUCCUCCUCCGGCAUGAGCGAGGUGCACUCCCCCGGGGAGCACUCCGGGCAAUCCCAGGGCCCGCCGACGCCGCCCACCACCCCCAAAACCGACGUGCAGCCGGGCAAGGCUGACCUGAAGCGCGAGGGGCGCCCCCUGCCAGAGGGGGGCCGACAGCCCCCCAUCGACUUCCGCGACGUGGACAUCGGAGAGCUGAGCAGCGACGUCAUCUCCAACAUCGAGACCUUCGACGUCAACGAGUUCGACCAGUACCUGCCGCCCAAUGGCCACCCGGGGGUGCCGGCCACGCACGGCCAGGUCACCUACACGGGCAGCUACGGCAUCAGCAGCACGGCGGCGACCCCGGCGGGCGCGGGCCACGUGUGGAUGUCCAAGCAGCAGGCGCCGCCGCCGCCGCCGCCGCCCCCGCCGCAGCAGCCCCCGCAGGCCCCGCAGGCCCCGCCCGCGCCCCCGCAGCCGGCGCCCCCGCCCCCGCAGCCGGCGCCCCCGCCGCCGCAGCCGGCGCACACGCUGACCCCGCUGAGCAGCGAGCCGGGCCAGUCGCAGCGAACGCACAUCAAGACGGAGCAGCUGAGUCCCAGCCACUACAGCGAGCAGCAGCAGCACUCGCCGCAGCAGAUCGCCUACAGCCCCUUCAACCUCCCGCACUACAGCCCCUCCUACCCGCCCAUCACCCGCUCGCAGUACGACUACACAGACCACCAGAACUCCGGCUCCUACUACAGCCACGCGGCGGGCCAGGGCUCCGGCCUCUACUCGACCUUCACCUACAUGAACCCCGCGCAGCGGCCCAUGUACACCCCCAUCGCCGACACCUCGGGGGUCCCCUCCAUCCCGCAGACCCACAGCCCCCAGCACUGGGAACAGCCGGUCUACACACAGCUCACCAGACCUUGAGGAGGCCGCGUGUGAUGAUCCUUUAGGAAAAGAGCACCGAAGCUAGCAAGAACCCGCCACAAUUUCCUUGGGACAAUUUUUUUUCCCCCUAUUCUUUAAAGACAUUUAAGCUAAAGGCAACUCGUACCCAGAUUCCCAGACGGAAACAUCAGCUAUCCGAACGCGUUCCCACCUUGUUGCAAAGCAAGUGGCCAGGCCACCCUCGUGGCCCGAUGGACCCGGCGGAAUCCCGGAGGACCCGAACUUGAAAACGGUCUUGGAAGCAAGCAUGGAGGGUCAUGGAGAAUAGUCGUAUCACCAGUUUGCUCAGUCUCUCUGCCUGUUUGGACUUUGUAAUUAUUUUUUAGCAGUAAUUAAAGAAAAAAGUCCUCUGUGAGGAAUAUUCUCUAUUUUAAAUAUUUUUAGUAUGUACUGUGUAUGAUUCAUUACCAUUUUGAGGGGAUUUAUACAUAUUUUUAGAUAAAGAAAUUAAAUGCUCUUAUUUUUCCAACAGCUAAACUACUUAGUUGAACAGUGUGCGCUAGCUUUUCCUGCAACCAGAAUAUUUUUGUACAGAUGAGCUUUCUCUUACAAAAAAAAAA